AUGGCCUACACCAUCAACCUUACUGUCCGCAAUCGCACUGGUGAUACCCUCACCGUUGUCGAAAAAGCGUGCUGGCACUACGCCAACGGAGGCACCUGGACUGAGCGCCACGGCCAGCAUAUUUUGUCCAUGGGGGGUAGCGGUACUUCCGGAAUGCUCCGUUUCCAAUCGUCCUCCGGGGAUAUGUUUUCUGUUGUCCUAGGGAUCCAUAAUUAUAAGCCAUGGUGUGAUGUGCAGGUGAAGCUACGGGACGAAGAUACUACGGCUACGAUGCUUCCGGAAUACUACAGUGGGGGCAAAUUUUCGAACAGAGCGAAUCCUGAACUGAAGAACGUCGACGUGAGCGAGAAUAGAGGGCUGGAUUUGGUGUUUGAGACGACUGAAGGCCAUGAGCUGUCGGCGGUUUUGGAUUAUUUUGAAGUAUGGAGGGCAGUUCAGAAGCGAGUGUACUAG